CAGCACCACCACCACCAACAACAACAAUUGCAGCAAUAAUAAUAAUAAGUUGAAUUUAUCGCUUGACAAAUCAAAACAUAACAAAAAGCCAACGAGGCGAAAUAAAAGUGUGGAAGAAAAGACGCCGCCACCGCCGCCGCCGACACCGACGUCGAGAAUCGAGUAACAAAGCAUAGAAUAGCUAAAUAACUGUGUAUGCCAAGUUUUCCUGUUGUGGCUGUUCUCUCUAUAUAAAAACGAAAUAAACAAAAAUUAGGCGAACAGAGCGCAACAAAAAAGAAUAAUAAAAAACAACAACAAGUAGUGUGCAAGCAAAAGUGAAAAGGAAGCAGUUUAUUUAUUGCUGUAUGUGUGUGUUUUCUACUUAAACGAAACGCGGGUGCAAAAGGGCCAGCAGCAGCAGCAGCAGCAAUAACAACAGCAGGGACCAGCACAAGUGCAUCGCUGUGCUUGUGUUUGUGUGUACGUGUGUGUGUGUGUAUGUGAGACGGAAGUACUUUGUGCUCUCUUUGUGGCUGUGCUCUUCCUCCACGAACGUCUCCAGAUUGCGCUCGAUUUGUUUUUGUGUUUUGUUAUUUUUUCGGUGUGCCAUUCCCUUUUGGCGCUGACAUUCGCUUUUUGCCAUGGCAAAUAAGAAAACAUAUACAAAACACUUUUGAAAGCAACCCGAAGCAACAGCGGUCAACACAGGAUUAACGUAACGUAACGUAACGCAGUCCACAGUCCGUACCCCGUCGCACUCUCUCUCUCUCUUGUCUCUUCACAAUGGCCACUUGACGUCGCGUCGCAGUAGCAGCGAACGACGACGACGCCGCAGCAGAACCAGGAAAUCGACAGCAAAGUGCAUGCAUUUACGUUGCGUGACGUUCACCAGACGUUACGUUACGUAGUACUGCUGCAGUUGUAGUUCAAGCGGGCGUCGAAGCAGUAGUAGGAAAAGAAGAAGAAGCGGCAGUUAGCAGCAGCAGCAACAACAAGUAUAACGCGCGUUCUCUGGAUCUGGACAAACAUAUCCGCUUCCGCGUUGAAAGCUUAUAAGAACAGCAAACUACAAACAGCAGAGACAACGGGUAUUACACCAACAACAACAGCAACAACGAAAUACGUCACGGCACAGUGGAGCAAAGGCAAACAGAUUAUUUUAAUCUAGUGGCGUUUGCAUGUCCAAAAUGAAAAUGCUUCCAGUACAGCUAUCACUGAAUCCGCUCAAUCCCGGCAUCUGGGGCGAUGUCAUGUGGCGCUGCCCCCCACCACCGUCCAGUCAGUUGGCUGAGCUCAAAACACAAUUGCCCCCAUCCUUGCCAUCAGAUCCGCGCCUCUGGAGUCGCGACGAUGUGCUCGUGUUUCUGCGCUUCUGCGUGCGCGAAUUCGAUUUGCCCAAACUCGACUUUGAUCUCUUCCAAAUGAAUGGCAAAGCCCUGUGCCUGCUGACCCGCACAGACUUUGGCCAUCGCUGCCCUGGCGCUGGCGACGUCCUGCACAAUGUGCUCCAGAUGCUGAUCAUCGAGUCGCACAUGAUGCAAUGGCAUCUGCCCAACAGUCCCGUCACGCCCACCGGCCGCUACCCGCUGUCCCCGCACAGCCACCCGCCGACGCCCACCUGGCCGCCCUUAAACGCUCCGCCCGGCGCCGACACCGGCGGCAGCAGCAAUCCCUUCCACAGCAGCAGCAGCGUGGCCGCCCACAUGGCCGCCCACCACUUCAUGGCGCCCAACUCGGUGACCCUCAGUCCACCGCCCUCCGUCGACUCGCAGGCCAGCAGUCCGCCGGAAUCGGCGUCGGGAUACUCGAGUGCCGGCGCCUCAGCAGCAGCCAUGAGCAGCGCUGUUGCCGCAGCGGCCGCAGCAGCGGCGGCGGCAGCAGCAGCCGUUGCCGGCUCCUCCAGUGCGAGCAGCACCACCAGCAAUGGGUCCACAUUGAACGGCUGUGUGCAGCCGAUGAAGGGCAUCCAGUCCAGUGCCAGCAGCAACCACUCCGACUCCGAGGAGGAGUACGCUGAGUCAGCCAACCAGAGCAACAACAACAACAACAACAACAACAGCAGCAGCAACAGCAACAACAGCAACAACAACAGCAGCAACGGCAACAGCAACAACAAAGCUCUGCCUCUGGCGCCACUCUCCUACAGCGCAGGCAGUCCGCCGGGCACGCCCAUUCACAAGGAUAUGAAACCCAACUGGACGCAGCAGCUGACCAACAGCUUCGUUAGCUCCUGGUCACAGCAGCAACAGCAGCAACAACAACAACAGCAGCAGCAGCAGCAACAACAACAACAGCAGCAGCAACAACAACAGAAGUUGACACUGGAGAAUGCAGCGGGCGCCAUUGUGGCUGCAGGCGGUGGCUCGAUAUCCGCCCCAACCACGCCCAGUUAUAUGUACAAAGCGAAGCGGGAGUUCUUUCCGGAGAACUCGGAGCCAAAUACGAACGGCCGACUCCUGUGGGACUUUCUGCAGCAGCUGCUGAACGACCGCAACCAGAAGUACAGCGAUCUGAUUGCCUGGAAGUGCCGCGACACGGGCGUCUUCAAGAUCGUCGAUCCCGCCGGCCUGGCCAAGCUGUGGGGCAUCCAGAAGAACCAUUUAUCGAUGAACUAUGACAAGAUGUCGCGCGCCCUGCGAUAUUAUUACCGUGUCAACAUCCUGCGCAAGGUGCAGGGCGAGCGGCAUUGCUACCAGUUCCUGCGCAAUCCCACGGAACUGAAGAACAUCAAGAACAUAUCGCAGCUGCGGCAGACGGCGACGGCGUCGGCGACGCCUGGCGAGCAGGUGGGCAGUCCGGCGGCCAGCAGUUGGAGUCAGCAACAGCAGCAGCAACAACAGCAACAGUCGCCCCAGCGUCCCGCAUCGCGAAAUGCUCAGCCCAUGGCACUGCCCACGGCAGCAGCUGUUGCUGCUGCUGCUGCGGCCGCUGGCUAUGGACCGCAGCCAACGUCGCCGCUCUUCAUGCACGCCUUUCACUUUUUGUCCGCUGCCGCCGCAGCGCCGCCGCCCAACUCACCUGGAUCCGUGGCCUGCCUGACUCCGGGCGCCGCCGCCUCAGCGCCUGGCGACAAAUUCCAAUUCCACCCGCUGAAGCUGGAGAGCGCCAACGACAGCGCCGGCGAGGAUCUGAAGCCCACGGACCUGAGCGUCAGCAGCAAGACUGCGAAUGCGAAUGCGAACGCCAAUGCGAAUGGCAAUGCGAAUGCGAAUCUGAACGAGGACUGCUAUCCGCUCAUACGCAAUGCGGAUGGCUUGACCACCAUUAAGCUGAUACGCCAGUCGGAGCACAAGGCGGAGGCAAGCGAGCAGCUGACGGCGGCUGCAGGUGGCAGCCACAGCGCUGCCAACUCACCUCGGCCCAUGGAUGCAGUCGACCGGGAGAGGGAGAGGGAAAGGGAACAGGAAAGGGAGAGGGAGAGGGAGAGGGAGCGAGAGCCACAAGCUGUGCCCAUGGAUAGUGAAUGCAAUGGCAGUGAGGAGGCGGCAUUUAGGCAUAUGCAUUAGGCUCCACACAGACACACGCCCACACCCACACACCCACACCCACACCCACCCCUUACACCUGCUCUAUGACAAUCAGCCACAAACACAAAACUUUACCUGAGCAACAUGAAAGCAGCUGCCUUAGGGGACCAGCCAACAGCACACUCUCACUCUCACACUCACACUCACACACUCAUUAAAUUGUUGUACAUACCAUACACACACA